UAUGUCGUUAUUUCCGUUUCCGGAUUUCGACCCUUCCUCGCGCACACGGAUUGUAUUGGCUGAUUUAAUGCAACGUUUCACUUAAAACCAGCAAUAACGUUUCAGACCUUUAUAUUUAUGUACUGUGUGAACGUGAGUCGUGUUUUACAACAGAGAGUUUAUUAAUCCGUGAGUUUUAGCGAUGUAAACAAUGCGCGUGAGGUGUCUCGAGCGCUUUCAGCUGAAUUAUCAGUGCUGUAUUUUAUAUCAGUAAUAAAGCCUCAUUGUGCAUCAUUGUGCAUCAUUGUGCAUCAUAGUGCAUCAUUGUGCAUCAUUGUGCAUCAUUGUGCAUCAUUGUGCAUCAUUGUCAGCAUGGCGCUGGUGCCUUAUAAUGAAAACAUCCUGCCCUCUUUGUCCAAACUCCACUCGUCUUCUGCUGACUUCCGGUUCGCCGAACACAGCAUCCGAUUGGCUCAGGACUGGAGAAAAGGGGGCGUGGCCGCCGUCGUGUGGGACGCGGCGGUGGUGAUGUGCAUGUACCUGGAGCUCGGCCAUGUGGAUCUGAAGAACAGAACCGCCAUCGAGCUCGGCGCUGGUACCGGACUGGUGGGAAUCGUCGCUGCGCUGCUCGGAGCCGACGUGACGAUCACUGACCGGAGCCCAGCCCUGGAGAUCUUGGAGGCCAACGUGAAGGAGAACGUUCCUCCACCACUACAGGGGGUCGUGCGAGUUUCUGAGCUCACGUGGGGAGAAGGAUUAACACGCUAUCGCCCCGGUGGCUACGACAUCGUCCUGGGAGCGGACAUCGUUUACCUGGAGGAGACGUUCUCCGCUCUUCUGGGCACCAUAGAACACUUGAGCUCAGAGAACACGGAGGUCCUGCUGGCCUGCCGAAUCCGUUACGAGCGAGACGAGCGCUUUCUGAGCAUGCUGGGAAAUCGGUUUUCUGUGCAGGAGGUUUAUUACGAUUCACAGAGAGACGUUCACAUCUACAGAGCUGUGAAAAAUCAGAUUAAGUCUGAGCUCUGAGGAGCAGACGGAACAGCCUGAGAACUGUAUAUGAUCUUAUCAGUGUCUGUUGAUACCAGGGGAGUGACAGCUUAUCUUUGUUAUUAAAAAUAUUCAUUCUUUGCUCAGAGA